UUGACUGAACUACUUCUCUUUGAAAAUCAACUCUCCGGUCCCAUUCCUAAAGAAUUAGGGAAGUUAAAGGCUCUAAAUGAUCUAGAAUUGAGCGAGAAUCAACUCAAUGGUUCUGUUCCGGCUUCAUUUGGUAAUUUGAGCAACUCGGAGUUUUUGUUCCUUCGUGACAACCAACUCUCGGGUCUCAUUCCACAAGAAAUUGGGAAUCUAGAGAAUUUGGUCAUAUUGGAAACGGAUGAGAAUCAAUUUUCUGGCUAUUUACCUGAAAAGAUUUGCCAAGGCGGGAAACUGGAACGCUUCUCGGUAAACAAUAAUCAGCUUACUGGUCCAAUCGCCAAAAGCUUGAGAAACUGUACCAGUUUAACAAGAAUGCGCCUAGAUGGAAACGAGCUCACUGGAGAUGUGUCUAAAGUUUUUGGUAUCUAUCCAAAUCUUAAAUUCUUAAAUUUAACUGACACCAAUUUUUUUGGUGAACUCUCUUAUAGAUGGGGACAGUGUCAAAAUUUGACAAACCUAUGGAUGGCAAGGAACAAUAUCACUGGACGAAUACCACCAGAGUUUGGAAAUUUAACUCGACUUCAAGUAAUUAAUCUGUCUUCAAAUCAAAUAGGUGGGAAUAUUCCAAAGGAACUAGGGAAGUUGAAUUUGCUAAUGCUUGAUUUGAAAGACAAUCAACUUUUUGGUGGUAUACCUAGAGAAUUCGGAUCACUAGCUCAUCUGUUGUAUCUUGACCUUUCCAUAAACAGAUUGAGUGGGUCAAUACCGAAAAAUCUUGAAAUAUGUUUGCAGCUGUAUUAGUUGAACUUGAGCUACAACCAUUUUAGCCAAAAAAAUUCCACCU